AUGACGAAGGCGAAAAAGGAGAAGUCGGCUCCCGUCGAGGAGGUCGAAGCGGCCGCCAGUAACGGGAGAUCUUACCAGGAUUUAAUCGCCAACGUGAACGCCAUCGCACAGCCGCUCGCUACCAGAAAGCUCAGCAAAAAACUCUACAAAUGCGUCAAAAAGGCUUCCAAAUUAAAGAACAUCCGCAGAGGGGUGAAAGAAGUUCAGAAGUUCAUUGGAAAGGGGGAGAAAGGAAUCGUGCUCUUAGCAGGUGACACGCUGCCCAUUGAAGUCUACUGCCACCUACCCAUCAUGUGUGAAGACAGAAACCUACCGUAUGCUUACAUACCCUCCAAAGUGGAUCUGGGUGCGUCGGCAGGCUCCAAGAGGCCCACCUGCGUGAUCCUGAUCAAACCUCACGAAGACUAUCAAGAGGCAUACGACGAAUGCCUCGAAGAAGUGACUAACAUGCCUAAACCGCUAUGA